UUUCACCCACCCCAUUUUUUGUAUUUUAUCUACUGCUAAGACUUUUUAUUUUUCAUGUUUUGUGGUUAGUUUUCGUAUUUCGUGGCUUUCUUUUUUGUUGUUCAUUCAUUCAUUCAUUCACAUAUUUCAUUUCCUUUUUUCAGUACUCUACGACUUUUACAGUCUUUUACUCGAACCUAUCCAUUAUGCUUUACUCAGACUCUACCGGACAGGAGGCAUUCGACGGCGUAUACCACGAUCAUUUGCAGCAGACCGAUGAAAGCACAAACAGGUAUAUCUACGAAAUUCACGUAAUCCAGCAGCCACUGCGCGCGCGCAUGUGUGGGUUUGGGGAAAAGGAUCGGCGACCGUGCACUCCUCCGCCCAUCCUACAGCUAAUCAUAUACGAUCGCGCAACGGGCCAACCUGUCAACAUGGAUAUGGUCGAUGUCUCGUUCUUCACCGCGGCAUGCAGUCUGUACUCGGUAGAAAUGGACACCGAGCUGGAUCUUAUACACCAGCAGCGCGGGACACAGGACUCAAGUUUGGGAUCAGUAUCUACAAUUUCGGGUAGCGCCGCUGUUCAGCAAUCGCGCCACAUGAGCCACACGAGCAAAAAUUCGAUGGGUCCGAGCAACAACGAUGCUGACGGCAUGUUGAAAUCGAACUCGCCGCCAUUCGGCAGUAUGACAACAGGCCCAAUGUCAAAUACAGCGAACUCGUUGCUUUCUAAUGCGAGCAAUAGCGAUAGGGAUGCAGUGGUAUUUACUGAUUUCAUAACUGGUCCUAAUGUCGCGCCGAGGGGCCUGGGCCAGCAUUUGGCCAGCUCAUCCAGCAUAAUGUCAUUUUCGGCAGGCAAUGAGCGCGGAGGCAGCCUUAGCGGCGGCAUUGGGUCUGUCAUUGACGGCAGUUAUGAUAGUGGCGGAGGCAGUAGCGGGAAUUUUAGCAGCAACACUUCUGACUCGUCGAUGUGCACCGUGAGAAACCUCAUUGGCGCCAGUGUCACCACAGGUGCAAAACUGAACAAUGUCGACGGAUCGCUGGGAGUAUUUUUCGUAUUCCCAGACCUGUCGAUUCGCAAAGACGGCGAUUACCGGUUCAGAUUCUCAUUCUUUGAUCUAAAGAGUGAUAACGGUGACCUGUUGAAAACUUCGGCGGAUAUAAAGGCACGAGCAUUUUCAGAACCAUUCCGCGUAUACUCUGCCAAGCAGUUCCCGGGAAUGAUCGAAUCUACGCCUCUUUCAAAACAUUUUGCCAAGCAGGGCGUCAAGAUCCCCGUUCGCAAAGAAACUAUCGGAAAGUCCCGCCAGAGCCCUGACGACGACGACUGGCAAAACAACUAACCUAACCUAAAAUUUAAGCAUUUUUGUCGUUUUUUAUUUUCUUUAUCUUUAUAUGAUUUCAAACGUCAUGUAUUUUAUUUAAAAUUUUGACAGAAAUACAUUUCAUAAUGUUGAUGUUC